AUGGUGAGAGGCAUUGGCCACGGGAUUCCAGACAUGUUUAGGAUGUUACUGAUGAGAUCCCAGCCAUGCCCUCUGUUUUCUUAUAAAAAGAUCGAAGCAUCCAAGUAUGAACCUUUCUUAAAGUACUUCACCUCUACAACUGACAAACAACAGCCCAAACAUGAGAAUAAUGCGACCGUGGGAAACCUCUGCAGGUUAUCAGUUGACAUCAGGAAAAUCCGAAGAAUAAAGGGAUGGGUGCUUUUCAAGGAGGAAACUUAUGUAGAAGAAAUUGCCAACAUCUUACAGAAAAUCGGCACUAAUGAAACGGCAAUAGCCAGCAUCUUGGAACGCUGUCCAGAGGCUAUCCUUUGUAGUCCAGCAGCAGUCAAUGCUCAGAUAGACCUGUGGCAGUCUGUCUGCCGAAAUAAAAAAGAGUUAGUGGCAUUAAUAGAACAAUUUCCAGAAUCUUUCUUUAUCGUUAAAGACCAGGAGAAUCAGAAGCUUAAUAUUAAUUUUUUUCAAGAAUUGGGACUCAAGAAUGUGAUCAUUAGUAGGUUCUUGACAACCGCACCCAAUAUUUUUUGUAAUUCUGUAGAGAAGAAUAAACAAACGAUCAAAAUGCUACAGGAAAGUUACUUGAAUUUAGGGGGCUCCCAAGCCAACAUGAGAGUUUGGCUGCUAAAAUUGUUGAGUCAAGACCCGUUUAUUCUAUUAAAUUCUUCUACUCCCGUAAAGGAAACACUGGAAUUUCUCCAGAAGCAAGGAUUCACAGACUUGGAAGUUCUCCAACUUCUGUCCAAACUCAAAGGAUUUCUUUUUCAGCUUUCCCCUACUAGUGUACAAGAAAGCAUCUUUUUCACUAAAAACACUUUUAAGUGCACAGAUCAGGACCUGAAGGAACUGAUUUUAAAAUGCCCUGCCCUUUUGUACUAUACUGUCCCAGUUCUAGAAGAGCGAAUUCAGGGUCUCUUGAAAGAAGGGGUUUCUUUAUCUCAAAUAAGAGACACACCAAUGGUACUUGAGUUAACACCACAAAUUGUACAGUUCAGAAUUAGAAAACUAAAUGCUUUGGGAUAUAGCAUAAGGAAUGGAAAUCUAGAAAAUCUAAAUGGAACCAAAAAAGAGUUUGAGUUCAACUUUGGUAAAAUACAAGCAAAGAAAGAAAGACCAAUAUUUAAUCCCGUAGCACCCUUAAAUGUUGAAGAGUAACAUAAGGUAAUUAGGGUGCCUCUGUACAACCGUAUGGAAGAGUAAUUAAACAUGGCCAACAAUGUAGUGGCUGGGAACACUAUCCUCCCAGCACACAUUUUGUGGUCCUGAUGGAGGAUCUGAGUCGUGAGCCAUCACUAAGGCUCUCAGCCAUAUCAUUUGCUACAUAUUCUGGACUUUGUGAUAAAUCAUACUUUUGUGAUGAAAUGUAAUCAUGAAAUGUAAAUGUGUAUAGAAAACCUUUUGAGCCAUGUUUCAAUAAAAGUUAAUAUCAUUCA